GGGCCCAGUGCGUGGCAGCGGGACCGCCGGCCCGUCGCGAACUUUCCACCGUUCGAGCCACGCCGGGCGGGCCCAGCGCCCGCAGACCCCCGACCAUGCGGCCCCUGCUGCUCCUGGCCCCGCUGGGCUGGCUGCUCCUGGCCGAAGUGAAGGGCGACGCCAAGCCGGAGGACAACCUCCUCGUCCUCACAGUGGCCACCAAGGAGACGGAGGGGUUCCGACGCUUCAGACGCUCAGCCCAGUUCUUCAACUACAAGAUCCAGGCACUUGGCCUGGGCGAGGACUGGAAUGGUGGGGAGAAGGAGGUGGCAGCAGGCGGGGGCCAGAAGGUUCGGCUGCUGAAGAGAGCUCUGGAGAAACACUCAGACAAGGAAAACCUGGUCAUUCUCUUCACAGACAGCUAUGACGUAUUGUUUGCAUCGGGGCCCCGGGAGCUCCUGAAGAAGUUCCGGCAGGCCAGGAGCCAGGUGGUCUUCUCGGCCGAGGAGCUUAUCUACCCUGACCGCAGGCUGGAGGUGAAGUACCCGGCAGUUUCUAACGGCAAGAGGUUCCUGGGCUCUGGAGGCUUCAUCGGUUAUGCCCCCAACCUCAGCAAACUAGUGGCCGAAUGGGAGGGCCAGGACAGUGACAGCGACCAGCUCUUUUACACCAAGAUCUUCUUAGACCCGGAGAAGAGGAAACACAUCAAUAUCACCCUGGACCACCGUUGCCGUAUCUUCCAGAACCUGGAUGGAGCCUUGGAUGAGGUUGUGCUCAAGUUCGAGAUGGGCCACGUGAGAGCACGGAACCUGGCCUACGACACCCUCCCCGUCCUGAUUCACGGCAAUGGGCCCACCAAGCUGCAGCUGAACUACCUGGGCAACUACAUCCCGCGCUUCUGGACCUUCGAGACCGGCUGCACCGUGUGUGACGAGGGUCUACGCAGCCUCAAGGGCAUUGGGGAGGAAGCUCUACCCACUGUCCUGGUCGGCGUCUUCAUCGAGCAGCCCACACCGUUCCUGUCCCUCUUCUUCCAGCGGCUCCUGCGCCUCCACUACCCCCGGAAACAGAUGCGGCUUUUCAUUCACAACCACGAGCAGCACCACAAGGCACAGGUGGAGCAGUUCCUGGCAGAGCACGGCAGCGAGUACCAGUCCAUGAAGCUGGUGGGGCCCGAGGUGCGGGCGGCAAACGCCGAUGCCAGGAACAUGGGCGCAGACUUGUGCCGGCAGGACCGUAGCUGCACCUACUACUUCAGCAUGGAUGCCGAGGUGGCCUUGACCGAGCCUGACACCCUGCGGCUGCUGAUUGAGCAGAACAAGAACAUCAUCGCCCCCUUGAUGACCCGUCACGGGAGGCUGUGGUCAAACUUCUGGGGGGCGCUGAGUGCCGACGGCUACUACGCCCGCUCGGAGGACUACGUGGACAUUGUGCAGGGACGGCGCGUUGGUGUCUGGAACGUUCCCUAUAUCUCAAACAUCUACCUGAUCAAGGGCAGUGCCCUGCGGGCUGAGCUGCGGCAGACAGACCUGUUCCACCACAGCAGGCUAGACCCUGACAUGGCCUUCUGCGCCAACGUCCGGCAGCAGGAUGUGUUCCUGUUCCUCACCAACCGGCGCACCUUCGGCCACCUCCUCUCCCUGGACAGCUACCAGACCACACACCUCCACAAUGACCUCUGGGAAGUGUUCAGCAACCCCGAGGACUGGAAGGAGAAGUACAUCCAUGAGAACUACACCAAGGCCCUGGCUGGGAAGCUGGUAGAGACGCCUUGCCCGGACGUCUACUGGUUCCCCAUCUUCACAGACGUGGCCUGCGACGAGCUGGUGGAGGAGAUGGAGCACUACGGCCAGUGGUCUCUGGGUGACAACAAGGACAACCGCAUCCAGGGUGGCUAUGAGAACGUGCCGACGAUCGACAUCCACAUGAACCAGAUCAACUUUGAGCGGGAGUGGCAUAAGUUCCUGCUGGAGUACAUCGCCCCCGUGACAGAGAAGCUGUACCCCGGCUACUACACCCGGGCCCAGUUCGACCUGGCCUUUGUUGUCCGCUACAAGCCUGAUGAGCAGCCCUCACUGAUGCCGCACCACGACGCCUCUACCUUCACCAUCAACAUCGCCCUGAACCGAGUGGGGGUGGAUUACGAGGGCGGGGGCUGCCGGUUCCUGCGCUACGACUGCUCCGUCCGUGCCCCACGGAAAGGUUGGACCCUCAUGCACCCCGGGCGGCUCACGCACUACCACGAGGGCCUCCCCACCACCAAAGGCACCCGCUACAUUGCUGUCUCCUUCGUCGAUCCCUAAUUGUCCAGGCCCGGCCACCUCGGACCUUUCUUUUUCACCGACAACCACUGCCCACAGUUCCUAGGAACCUGGUCCAGCCUCCAGGCUCUUGACUUCCCGUUGUUCUUGGAGCCAGCAGUCGGAGAGAUUGGGCGCACAGGCCACAGGUGGAGCAGAUCUCCUGGGCUGGGCUCUCCAUGGUGCUCUGGCCCCAGCCUCUGGAGAUGCUGUCCACUGCUUUGCAGACACGUGUCCUCCCCAAGCUGUCUUCCUGAAAAACUGUGUUUCCUUCCUCUGCUUCCUCCAUGGGCCGAGACUUGAGCAGUGCAGCGGCUUACCUGAGCUGCCCAGAGAGACUCCAGGGAUAAGAAUCCAUGACUCAGAGUUUUCCUGCUUCGGGGUAGAUGCAGAGGCCUGAAUCAGACUCACACCCUCACCCUGACACCAGGACUGCUGACGCCCCCUUCCUCCAUGGUUCUUGCCAUGAAAGCCCAGCAUACCCUGGAGACGGUGACUUAGAAAACCUGCCGGGAGAUGGCAGAGGCAUCUAUUUAUGCCGCAGCUCGAUCCUCUGUGACCCUCUAUGACCCUUGCUGUUGGGGGGAGGGGAGUGAAUGUCCACACACUACACUGGUCACCCUGUCCUGGAUGCCUCCAGAGAGAGGGACAAUCAGAAACAGGAGAGUUUGUAUUAAACGUCAUUGAAACCA